AUGGUCAACUCCAGAAAGAAGCAAAAACCAGUGAGCCUUACUCAUGGUCGACCUCCAGCUGCAAGAAAACCAAAAGCAUCUCUGUCAUCCAAGGCCACAAGAAAUCUGAUCCAGAGUCAUCAUCGUCUUCACAAAGCUCUUGCAGAUGCUACGCGUCAAGGAGACGAACAAACUGCGGCAGCCAUUCGACAGCAGAUCGAAGAUAAAGGCGGUUUGAAAAGCUACCAGCAAGCGAGCAUUCAAGGUCAAUCCAGCGAUCGUGGUGGAGAUACUUCAAAAAUUUUGCUGGACUGGCUUCCAAAAGACCUACCAAAAGGCCGCACAAUUCGUAUGCUCGAAGUCGGCGCUCUUUCUAUUAACAAUGCAUGUUCGAAAUCUGACAUCUUCGAUGUGACUCGUAUCGAUCUGAAUUCACAAGCUGCCGGGAUCGAGCAGCAAGACUUCAUGGAAAGGCCCAUCCCGGAGACCAACGCUGACAAAUUCGACAUCAUCUCUCUAUCUCUAGUACUGAAUUAUGUUCCAGAGGCGCUUGGCAGGGGAGAGAUGCUGCGAAGGACAUGUCAAUUCCUGCGAGCUCUGCCUGUCUUAGGUUUCGGGGAAUCAGCGCCCGAAUACUUCCCGUCCCUUUUCUUGGUCCUGCCAGCGCCAUGUGUGAUAAAUUCGCGCUAUUUGGACGAGACGCUUUUGAAUCAGAUCAUGGUCACCCUCGGCUAUUCUAUGGUGAAGAAGAAGUUAUCGACGAAACUCAUCUACUAUCUUUGGCGCUACCAGGGCAAGGGUUCAGAGAAACGGCACCGGUUUCGGAAAGAUGAAGUCAAUCCUGGAAAGACCAGAAACAAUUUCUGCAUCAUUUUGGACUGA